AUGGCUUGCGAGCCAACAGGCCACGGUGAUAGGGAGCCGGCCCCCGACACCGUCCUGGAAGUCGGCCAGCGGCUGUUCCGUGUCAACAGGGGCGUGCUGUCGCGGGCCAGCGAGUACUUUCGGGCCAUGUUCUUCGGAGGCUCCAGGGAAAGGUCUGAGCGCCAUGUUGUGCUGCGAGGCGUGGACCCCGAUGUCUUUCAGCUGCUGCUGGCUUUCGCAGUCGACGGCCGGGUUAAGAUCGAGCGGGACAACGUGACGGCCCUGCUGGAGGCCGCCGACUUCCUGCUCUUCGACCAGCUGAAGCUGCUGUGCAGCGCCUUCCUGCAGCGCGAGCUGCACGCGUCCAACUGCCUGGGCUUCUGGACCUACUCGCGGCGCUUCGCGUGCCCGGGCCUAACAACCGCCGCCCGCCGCGUCGCCCUCGCACACCUGGAAGCCGUGGUCACCCACCAGGAGGAGUUCGUGCAGCUCUCCGAGGAGGCGCUCGUCGAGCUGCUGGCCAGCGACGACCUCUACGUGCGGAAAGAGGACGAGGUGUUCGAGGCUCUGGUCAAGUGGGCGAGCCACCGGCGCUGCAGGGAGGUGGCCUUGCUGCCGCUAUUGGGCUUGGUGAGAGCCCCCUUCAUGAGCCUCACUUUCCUGGACUUGCUGAUCAAACGGUCCAAGCGCAGCAGCGAGGACGACAUCUGCACCAGAGUCCUGAAGAUGCUGAACCGCAACCCUCCCCGCACCUGGACGGCGGCCCAGAGGAGCAGGUGCUACGAGGCCAUGUAUGUCCUCGGGGGAAGACAUGAGCUGGAACAGCAAGAACUCUUUCAGUUCUAUCCUAAAAGCAACACAUGGCAGGCCUGCUCCCCUCUCCGCCGCAGAAACCUCACUCAAUACGCCGUGGCAGCAGUAGGUAAUUACAUCUUUGUUACGGGCGGAUACUUCCGAGAUGAGAUAGUGUGGUACUGCGUAGAUUGGGUGCUAAUAUAUAACCACUGGGAAAACAACUGGAUGGAAGGGCCUUCCCUGAAGCAGUCUCGCAACUGGCACUGUGCAGUUGGUGCUGGGGAGUACCUUUACGUGUUGGGAGGAAGCACUGAUGAGGCAGUGAUUGCUGAUGUUGAGCGGCUACUAGUGAUGGACACACAGUGGGAGAGCACGCAUCGUAUGGUGCAGCCGGUCGAGAGAGCAGCAGCAGUCAGUGAUGGUGCCAGCAUUUAUGUCUUGUGUGGACUGGAUGAAAACGGUGAUGUCUACAGCGGGGUUCAGCGGUUGGCUGUGGACACAGAUGUUUGGGAUGUGAUCUCCUUCUCUCCCCUUCCCCGGUAUGAUCUAUGUGCCACUUUCCUGAAUGGUGCAGUAUAUGUAGUGGGAGGUCAAACAUUUCGUCUAGACAUAGACACGGACGAGUGGACUCCUGUGGAUGAGGAAAGCUUGAACCAGAAGUUUUUCAGUGGUUGCGCUACUGUUAAUGGGAAGAUAUAUCUUCUUGGGGAGAGGAGAGGGAACACAUCGAUCCCAAAUAUGAUUCUUUUCGAUCCUUAUACGGACACCUGUCAGGUGGUCGAUAAAGCUGUGCCCUGCCCGCUCCCUGUACGAGGCUGCAUGUCCAUCGGAAAGUUCAGCACAACGUCUGGAGUCUGAAGGAGGCAGAGGCAUAGUUAACAUUACGGGUCUUAGGUCACCAACAACCCCGUCAGUGGGGUCAAGACUAGGGGAAAUCGCAGCUCCAGCAUUGCCUCGCAACUCGUAUUAUUAUGGACAGCGCCAUGCAACUGAAUCCAGGAUUCUGACUAGCAAUCUUUCACCUUUCUAUCAAAAGGCAUGGGAAACUGACUCAAUAAUCCAGGUAGAAAUCAUUAACUGGAAACACUUGCAGGCUGUACCUACAAGGAUCCAUACCAGCUCUUUGAGUAAGCUACCUGCUUUCCUUCCUCCCUCAGCAUUGUCUUUCUCGGUACCUUCAUCACUGAAGAUGUGUCCAAAGGCAUCUGUAGAUGUAUGUACACAGCAAUUACAAUUUUCCCGUACCCAGCCUGGCAUCUGGCACAUUUCAUUAAUUCCAGUGCAUCUAAAUCUCUACUUGUUGCCCAUUGCCUCUCCUUGCUGUCCUGGGCUGGUAACUGGCUCAGGGUUAAAUCAGUUCAUUCCUCCCUAGCAUUGUGAUAGUUUCCAACCCCUUAAGCCAUCCCCCAAACCCUCUGGCUGUCACUCUCUUUUGUGCUUCUUCCUAUUCAA